CAGAAAAUAUAUACAACCAUCAGAAGAAGAACGCUACUGCUACUCCACAUAAUUUAAUCCGUGCUCCUCUGCCUGCUGUCUCCCUCUCGCACUAUAACUAGCCCUUGCCAACCACGGCAACCUCUCCCCAAAGCAAGCAGUAGCCAAGAACAGAAGCAAAGCUCGCUGCAGGGAGAACGAGCGAGUCUCCUACAGCAAGAAACCACCCCCAUCCAUCCAUGGAAGACCCCUACAGGAGCUUCUUCAAGAACAGCUACUACUACUACGCCUCCUCCUACCCGGCUGCCCCAGCCCCCCACCAUCUCCCUCCUUCCCUUCCACCGUACACCAGCCUCUACCCCGCCGCCGCGGCGCCGCAGUACCACCCUGCUUGCUUCUUCCAGCCGCCGCCGCCGUCGUCGCUGCCGCCUCUCCAUGACAGCCCGCCGUCACCGCCGCUACGAGAGGCGCUGCCCCUCCUGUCGCAGUCGCCUACGCGCGCCGCCUCCCGGGCCCAGCCGCGCCCGCACGUGGCGGUGGACUCCGACUCCGAAGAUGACGCUGAUGACUUCGUCCUACGGGAGGCCGUCGGCAGCUCCGUGACUCCCUCUACGCGUGCGCCGCUCUUCGCCGACCUCAACUGCAUGCCCUCCUGCUGCGACGCCGAAGGCGACCCGAUGGACCUGGAGGCCGCGGCGCCCACGGACGACGACGCCGCAGUCGCUCUGCGCAUCGGCCUGCCUCCGGCUCCCGUCAACGGCGGCUGCGGUGGCGCCGAGGCUGACCUCCUGUCCGGGCUCUCCGGCAGGGCCGGCUGCGGUGGCAUGGAGCACGAGGAGGAUGAGGACGAGUGCAAGGUGGACACCGGCGACGGCGACGAGGUGGUGCCGUUAGGGUUCGCGUCGACGCCCAUCGGGAAGCUCAACAAGGGGCAGUACUGGAUCCCGACGCCGGCGCAGAUCCUCAUCGGGCCUACGCAAUUCUCCUGCCCCGUCUGCUACAAGACUUUCAACCGAUACAACAACAUGCAGAUGCACAUGUGGGGGCACGGGUCUCAGUACCGCAAGGGCCCGGAGUCGCUCCGCGGCGUGCAGCCGACGGCGAUGCUCCGGCUGCCGUGCUACUGCUGCGCGCCGGGUUGCCGCAACAACAUCGACCACCCGCGGGCGCGGCCGCUCAAGGACUUCCGGACGCUGCAGACGCACUACAAGCGCAAGCACGGGCUGAAGCCCUUCCUGUGCCGCAAGUGCGGCAAGGCGUUCGCCGUCAAGGGCGACUGGCGCACGCACGAGAAGAACUGCGGCAAGCUCUGGUACUGCCUCUGCGGCUCCGAGUUCAAGCACAAGCGCUCGCUCAAGGACCACGCGCGCGCCUUCGGGCACGGCCACGGCGCCUUCGGCUGCAACCUCGACGGCGGCAGCGGCGCCGACGGCCUCGACGACGACGACGACGGCGCCGUCUCCGAGAUCGAGCACGACUUGUGCGCCGCCGCAUGCAGCAGCAGGUCCGCCGCCGCCGCGCGGUGAUUAUGCAUGCAUCUGUACGCUAGCUACGUGGUGUGUGGUGACACUCACACUACACGUACGUAUAGCUAGCUAGCUAUAGAGUGCUACUGGCUGGCCGGCCGUGUUGUUGUUCUUGCAUUGUUAGUUGCUGCUGUGUUGCUGUCGACGCCGGCCGGCUCGUCGUCGAUCGUUGUCUGCUUUUGCUCCAUCUAGUAGUUUGUUAAUUAGGGUUGUGGAGGUCGUCGGUCAUGUCAUCUCGUCAUGAUGAUCUAUAUCCAUCUCUAAGCUAGCUAGCUACCUGAAGGUUAUUAGUCUGUCAUCCUGUGUUGAUCGAGAAGACUCCACUGUUACUAGUAGUAGAAUGCUGCAGCUGCAGCCUGCAGGAUUGCUAGCUGUUGGGUGCAUAUAUAUGGUGAUCUCGACAGAUCACCAUGCCAUAUUAAGUCAUGAUGGAAAAACAGCUUCCUCCUCAAUAUGAUUUCAUGUUUGGCAUUUCUUAAACCUCAA